AUGAAUACAGCAACAACAACAAAACGAUUACGUUAUUCAUUGAUAUCAAAAAAUCAUCAUCCACCAACAAUUAAACCACAAUCAACUAUUUUAGCUGAAAAAUAUCUCUAUUUAUUACAAAUUAUUAAAGAUAUGCGUUAUGAUAUUCGACGUUCAUAUGCAGGAAGUCGGACAAGUAUGGAAAAUUUAAGAAAACGAAUUACUAAAGCAAGAACAAUUAUACUUGAAUGUAAAGAUUUAUGUACAAGACGAGAAUAUGAUCAUUGUCAAAUACUUAUGCAAUAUCAACAAACAUCUAUACCUAUUGAAUAUCAUAAUAGACAAUCAUAA